UUUCACAGGAUUAGUAGUCCCCACAAAGCCACUCCAAGACGCACACAUCAUGGCCGGAAAGCUGCUCAUCGCCGCGGGCAGCCUGCUCCUAGUGCAUGCUGGUUACUACACUCUGCAAUACGAAGAGUACGUCAAGCUCGCAGAAGUCCCAGACGCCUCGUUGCCGCCACUUGCGGCCAAGGUGGAGCUGACGAUUUCGUUCCUCUUUUUCCUGGUGGGCGUGCUCCUCACGGCGGGCGACUUUGCGCCGAUCCGGUCGACGCAGUUUUUCAACACCAAAUCGUUUGAUUGGAUCGCGUCCAACCCCGAGUUUGCCGUGUUCAACCACCGCGGCAAGUACCUCCCAAAGAAGAAGGACACGUAGCCAUAUUGUUUCAACGACAAACGUGGUCGGUAGAAAAGCAAGUACAAACCCGUAGUUCAGCCACACUAUUUCAUUGUUCAGGAUGACUCGCGUUACUAAAUACACUAUUUUCACACAACUAGCAACCGAU